AUGUUGGGAAGGCUCUUGAAUACAGCAGCUUCAGCCUUUAACGCUAAUCCCAACUCUCCCCGUACCCCUGCGCAACUGGAAUCUGUGACAGAAGAAGAACACACCUCUGGCCUCCUGUUCCCUGACCUCAACAUUCUGCAUCGUACCCAACCUCACACCUACCCUCUACAGACAAGCACCGCACCUUCAAAUACAACCGGUACGAGCAGUUUUGAUGAUAAUGAUGGUGUAGGACUUGAACAGGUGAAGGAUUUUCGAAUAAUUAUCGCUCAAAAUGCGAUGGGCGAUCGUGACGAGCCAUGCAUACUUCUCGACACUAAGAACUUUUCGGGCACCGAAAAGCCUUCACGCUCUGCCUCAGCAUCACAUUUAGUGGAAUUACCUCGCGCGAGACACUCAAGAGCAAUAAGCUCGUCCCAAGCGCUACGAAGAGAUGGCGUACAAAGCUCAAUCUCGAUGGCUCCCGAGCUCAAUCCAGUUUCACCUCUUAUAGAUUCCAAAGUGCGCGAUACCCCUAAUAUGAGCGCUUUCCUACGCGCGCGAAACCGACGAUCAACAUUCUCCGCCACAAUUAGAGACAGCGAUCACCCCCACGGCCGUAUAUCCGGUGACACCAGCGACUCUGGUCUGCUUAAUUGUAUUUUCGGCAGCAGUGCUUUCAGCUAUCGUGGAUCAUCCACCAAGAUGCACAUUGUUCCAAAUGAUGGAGAGCUACCCUAUGAGGUUGGGAGUCGAAAUGCCCGUGCAUGCCACUCUCACCACCGACGAGCUGAAACAUUUAGUGCUCAGUCGAAGCCUCGAAACAUAACGUACAACACCGUACAGCAACGGCCGCUUCCUGCGAAAAUAACUGUCCUGGUCACUCGAAUGUUUAGCGUUAAUCUGCCCGAACACCAAACCGCGCCUACCGAUGUUUCCGAGCAGCAGCCCUCACCCUUCGCAAAGCUCUUCUUUGGUACUGAUACCGUUCAGCCUACUGCUAAGAAAAAGAAAAUCAAGGAAAAGAAAACACCUAUGUAUGCGGUUGCCAUUGCUAUACAGUUGCCAGUAACAGCCCGAACUCACGGUCAACAAUCCUACCAGUACAGUCCAUGUGGUCCAGACAUGCUCAGACCUCCUGUCAUAAUGUCAACGUCUUUGGAUUCGGACCGACGGAUGAACGCGGCUUUUAACGAUAAUGCUACACAUCUGUCUUCUACUUCCAACUUGGACGAAAGGAUCGACACGCUUGUUGACUACUGGGAUAUCAUAACGCGCACUCUAUCUCACCUAGAAAAGGUGGCAAGUAAAGAAAUUGUUUCGCUGCUGAAGGAAGUUGAUUUGUAUGCUGUUCAACAACCCAAACCUGUCAAACAACCACCGAGCAUGCAGCGGACAAAUCAAACAAUCAUUUACUUGCCCCUCAACUGUCUCGCUCCCAACACGAUUCUCCAGAAGGAAACAUUGCACGCCAUACAUAGAGUCGCGUUGGGACUGAAAAUACCUCGCGUCAUAACAGGACAGAGUCGCUGGGGUGUCUGGAGAGAUGAAGCUCGCUGGAUUUCCAAAUUUCUUUGCGAGAGGGAACACAACUUCUUCUUUUUGGUCUUGAUUACGGCUUUUCUCGGGAACCACACCGAUUGGCUUGGCUCACUGGGCCCAGAAUGGCAUAAACGUCGACAUAUCUUACAGCAAAGGGUUCAGCAAGAUAUCGAACUGAGUAUUCCUAAUAGGACGGUUAUAAUAUCACCCUGUAAGAUGACAGCGAGGCGGUUGAUCUUUGUGCUCGCUACAUUUCUGCCGUCCCAGCAACGUUCGGAUACCUUGACAUCCCCCUUCCGCCCCAGCACAUCUACCUCCUUACGUCAAAUGUCGCAGAGCCCACCGAAUCCUCAAUUCUUUCGGCGAGAAUCCCUUCGUCGAUCGCUUAAUAGGCGUGCUCGAACACGUAAUUUCGUUGACGAGAACUCUAGCUUCAAGAGAUCUGCGAGUGUUUCCUCUAACGAGACCAUGAAUGUCAUCCCUGACGACUUUGAGUUCAUGACUGCUCCCGCUCAGCAAGGGCGCCAAGACUCCGAUGCUCGAUCUGUCAAAACCGCCAGCCUUCCGAUCCCUUCCAACGGCAUGCGCGUUCGCAAGAGUAGCACCGCGAUUGCCGCCCCCGCCCUACCUGGAACAGCUACGCCUAUACCCCAUUUUGCUUCUCAACGGCCUUCCCAGGCUAGAGUUCCUCCAGGUGCCCAGGCAAGUAGCGUCAGUGCAGCGUCCGCAAACCUCAUGCAAACUCUUCGACGAAACGAAAGCAAUCCGGGUUCUGCGGGUAGCGAUUAUCCAGCUGGUAGCAAGUGGGGAAGUUUACUAUCCGGUUUCUGGACUUCGCGGGAAACAUCAUUGACUGAUAAAGCCGAUAACCUCUCCUCUCGGCAGGCAAUGAACCCUUCAUCGCCAUCUUUCUCUAAUCGUGAAUCUCCCGUUUCGGUGUUUGGAAAAUCAAGUGGAGAAUUUGACAGCAUCCGAAAAGGUGGUCAGCUGAAUGAUAGCGACAUCCCAGCUAAUGUAUCUGGCUCCGAUGCAGCCAACGAUGCGUCAGAAGGAAAUGUUCAGCCGCAAGACACCGAGGAAUCAUCGCCAGCAUCUCCAGUGAAACUUUUUGUUGAGGCCAACGAUGGUGUUGUGGAUGUUGAGUUACCUCUGCCAGGCUUUCUAUCCUUAUCGUCCUCCAACGAUUCAGCCAUACAUUCUCCGCGCAAAUUUCGCGACUCAAUAACCAGUCUUGAUAUUGGACCUCCACCUGUGAAUGAUAGCCUUUUUUCAAAUGGACAAAAAGACCACGAGAAGCUCAACUCCAACGUUGCAGGAUGGCUUAAACGGUACCAUGAGGAUUUUGUACUUCAAGCAGUCCGGCCAUAUCCCAGCCUAGAAGCCGAUAUUAGACGCUCUAUGUCCGCUGAGCCAACACCCAACCACAUUAUGGCCACUCUAGCUCCAAUCGAUGCCUCUGGCUCGUCUGAGCAGUGGGUAGAGGUCUGUUCGACACUAAUCGCAGACACCACCUCUUCUACCGUCAAACGACUCCGCUUACGCCGAAAAAUCGCCAGCGCCAGGCCUCAUAUGGGACUAUCUUCCGCAGCCAUGCUGCCCCUAGGCGAGCGUAAGGCCUCCCUUUCAACUUUCAAUUUGACCUCAUCAACCGCUGUUGAAUUCCGCUUCGUCGAAGAAGAGUUCAUCGAAGAACCCGUCAUGGACCUUGAUGGCACCCUUGUUGACGCCGUUGAGCGCGUACUCGCGCGGUCCGGGCCGCCCUCCGUCAAUCACUCCCGAAACGCAUCUCCCAGCCGUGGUCGCAGGGGAAGACCCGGACCCAGCCAGCUUGGCGAUCGCCAGCCUGUGGACAGCAUGACCACCAUGACCUUCAGCGGCACGGCUGACCACCCAUCCUUCGAAGUGCCGCGAAACGAGUGUCGGCGGAUGGUGCUUGGCGCACUCGAAGAGGUGGUUCGAAGCGUCGCGGCAGAACGUCGGCGCGAAGAUUCGAUGGCCAAGAUUGAUGGCUCGGACAUCAAGAGCCCCGGUGGCCGGCCUUCUAGGAAAGGUAUCGGCAUCGUUGCGGAUAAUACCCUGCGAGAAGGGAUCCGUAAAUGGCUGAUGGAGAUCGAAGAAAUCUGUUAA